UUCCUGGCAACCCGAUUAGCUUGUAGUCGUCCAAACGCCAUUACACUUAUAUCACUAAACAUUUCAAAGAAUUUUCCAAACUUUUACCCCGUUUUAAACAAGAUGACGUCCAUGCUGGAUACGCCGAUAGUCUCCAUCUUCGAUUUGAUGGUGGAACGGCACAUAAGGCUGCGCGAGGAACUGAAAGAUGCGGUCACAAAUGGGACUAUACCAACUCGUCGGCUAAAAGCAGAUCGUGGAGCUGCCGACGGAAAGAAACCACUUCUCAAAUCCAAACCAAGUCCGAUGAAGUGGCCCUUGCCAGAAGAGCCGGAAUUCGUGUCUCCGAGACCGGCAAAUGCCAUCACUGCCGCGCAUUUGACCAAGAAACAUACUUCCCUGAAGAUCCAGCCACCCAUCGAGAAGGACGUGAUCAAGAAACUGGUGGAGAAGAUGUCCAAUGGACCAGGCAGGACCAGGACCGCGACCCCCAGGCACCCCCAGUCCAGCAAGAAGACCAGUGCCAAGUCCUCCAAGACGGUGGUCAUAGCCCCGCGAAGAAGGAAAGUAGCCGGGCAAGCAUCGUUCCGCGUCAAGCCCAAGCUCACCAAGACCAGUUCCACGCAGCUGAAGCGAACACCUCUUUCACCCAGGAGAACAGAAGCUGCAGCUAAGGAUGCCAGUCCGCAGGGCAAAACGAAGACCAAGAAGAACUCGUCCGAGAGGACGGGUCCACAGAUGCGAAAUACCAGGUCAGUAGAUCCCCUCGGCAAUGCAGAGGUUCCUGUCUCGAAACGAUGGCGUCUUUAGAAGCGAUAUAUCCGUAGAUUUGCAUUCGUUCAAACUAAUUAAAUUUGCACCAGUAAUGAACAACUUUAAGUCACAGUGAUCCCUCAUGUGAUGGACCGCACUGAAUCACACAUGAAGGCGAUCCAAAUUGGAAAUGUACAUCCAUGCGGUUUGUCUAAUUUCUAUACAUGAAUAAAAAAUAUGAAAUUAAA